GAUGUGGGUUGGCGCUUGGGAAAAUGCUUGUUACUGCUGAGUGGUCUAGCAGAUACUAGGACCACGUAUUGCACGGAAAUAGCCUUGCACGGCUGUGUUGACCUUUCACCUCAGCAGCAUGAGGGCCUUCCUGCCAGCAGCGCCAGGCGCGAGCACCCAUAUUCGUAGCACUGCUAGGUCACAAUGCAUCGGGGUUUCUCGCCCAUCAGCCCGGCCUCAGCGGACGAUGCUGCCCAGUCGCGCUGUGGGCGAGGGCGAGGGCGCUUCUGUUAACACCGAAGUGGUACGGGCGGUGGCUGAGGAGCAGCAGCCGCAGCAGCAGCAGCAGCCCGCGGAGCUGCCGCCCUCGCCUGUGGCUGAGGCACUGGCGGACGAGGUCGGCACCGCCGCCACCGUACGGGCGGUGCAGCAGCAGCAGCAGGCGGAGCAGGCCGCCGCGGCGCUGACGGCGGAGGUGUUGGAGCGCGAGGUGGGCCGCCGCCGCAACUUCGCCAUCAUCUCACACCCCGAUGCGGGUAAAACCACCAUGACCGAGAAGCUGCUGCUGUACGGCGGCGCCAUCCACGAGGCCGGAGAGGUCAAGGCGCGCAGGUCCUCCCGCUCCGCCACGUCCGACUGGAUGGAGCUGGAGAAGCAGCGCGGCAUCUCCAUCACCUCCACAGCCCUCACCUUCGAGUACUGCGGCUGCCAGCUGAACCUGCUGGACACGCCCGGUCACCAGGACUUCAGCGAGGACACCUACCGCACCCUGGCCGCCGCCGACAACGCCGUGCUGCUGGUGGACGGAGCCAAGGGCAUCGAGCCGCAGACACGCAAGCUGUUUGCAGUGGCUCGGCUGCGCGGCCUGCCCGUGUUCACCUUUGUGAACAAGAUGGACCGCCCCGCCCUGAACGGCUUUGAGAUCAUAGAGCAGCUGGAGAAGGAGUUCGGGCUGCAGAGCUACCCCGUCAACUGGCCCAUCGGCAGCGGCGACCGCUUCGUGGGGGUGUACCACAGACCCACACAAAAGGUGGUGCUGUACGAGAAGCGCGGCCAGGCGGGUCGCGCCAAGGGCGCCUCCAAGUCCGAGUACGAGCUGUCUGACCCGGAGCUGCGGCAGCUGAUUGAGCCCGACCUGUGGGAGCAGCUGCAGGAGGACGUGGAGCUGCUGGAGACCUUCAUCCAACAAGCCGCGAAGCCAGGCCCCGCCGCCACCCGCAGCGGUGUGGCUGUGGCGCCCACCUCGCCCAAUUUCACAGGACUGGUCUUCAAGCUGCAGGCCAACAUGGACCCCAAGCACCGCGACAAGGUGGCGUUCGUGCGCGUGGUGUCGGGCAAGUUCGAGAAGGGCAUGAAGGUGCGGGUGGCCCGCAGUGGCCGCACCGUGACGCUGGCGGCGCCGCAGCGCAUGUUCGCCAACGAGCGCCAGACGGUGCAGGAGGGGUUUGCGGGAGACGUCAUCGGCCUCACCAACCCCGGAGCUUUCGCCAUCGGCGACACGCUGGUGACGGGCCCCACGCUGGCCUUCCCGCCCAUCCCCACCUUCUCGCCCGAGCUGUUUGCCUACCUGCGCUGUCCGCCCAACCAGAAGAAGCCCUUCCUCAAGGGGGUGGAGGGCCUGCUGGGCGAGGGUGCCGUACAGGUGCUGUACAGCACUGACGAGUACAUCACCGACCCCGUGCUGGCGGCGGUGGGGCAGCUGCAGUUCGAGGUGGUGCAGUACCGCAUGAAGGACGAGUACGGCGUGGACACCACGCUGGAGCCGCUGUCGUACAACGUGGCGCGCUGGGUGGCGGGCGGCUGGGGGGUCCUGGAGGGCUGCGGGCGGCUGUUCAACACGACGGUGAUGAAGGAUGUGUACGGGCGGCCCGUGCUGCUGUUCAGGAACGAGUUCGCGCUGCAGCAGGUGCUGGGCGAGCAUGCGGACAAACUGGGUGAGCUGAGCCCCUACGCCCUACCGCCCGACGUGUAGAAGCACUGCUUGGGUGACGGGUAGGACGGUGGCGCUGGAGAGCUUGGAGUGCGACUGUGUGCAGCAGCAGCCGCUGCGCGACAGCUACUUACAGCAUCAGGGGUGUACGUGUGUGUGCGUGUGAAUGAGUGAGUGAUUGAGUGAGCGAGGUAUCACGGGGGGCUCAGAAGGGCCCGAGCAAAGAGCGAGUUGUAGUAGGGAGGCAGGAGUGUGCGGAGCGGUGCAAUGGCGCAGCAGAGGGGAGCACGAACGGGUCAGACUGCGUGAUUAGGCGAAACAGGAAGAAAGACGUACAGGGUCCCACCAGCACGCGUCGUAGGGCCACAAGGGGGUUACCCCUGGAUGUGAGAGGGCCGGUUUUGCCAUGAGCCGUCCAGGCAGCCGUGUAGCAAGGACAGGGAUGCACAAUGCGGGUGGAGGCAUGGAGGUAGGGCCAUCUGAAUGUUUGGGUUACGUGUAGACACCAGUACGGAUUUACAAUCCUCCACAACUGCUGAGACUUGAGCGGCAGAAGCAGGCACGCAGCGGAUUGUGAUUUUUGAACCUCAGUUCGGUUCUACGCUCUUCAAGUUCGGGUUUGCCAAAGAGCAGGGUACGUUGCGAAGUAUGUACUAUGUACUAGUACACCGUCCUUGGUAGUACAAUACGUGGGAAAAUACGCGUUUUUUAGCAUGGGCAUUACCAUCCCCAGAACCGCGACGUCUCCGCCGCCAACGUGAUCCGUGUGCUCCUCCUGCUGAAGCUGAUGGGCUUCGAGCGGCCGACCAAGCUGCAGCGGCCGCCAUGGCCGCCGCCGGCGGCGGGGCCGGGCUGAGAGCCUGAACGGCGCUAGCAGGGCGUGGGGCUGAGGGUGCACGUGUUGAUUGGCGGCGAGUGACGUGACUAGUUUGUUAGCUGCGGGUUAGCACGGACUGUGCACCCCACCCAACCGGCCAUGUCCGGAUUUGCGGGGAUGCCAAAGGCCCCCAACAUAGAGGCGUGUGCUUAGUAGGCGCCCGCGUCAAGGUGGCCCCGGGAUCAGCCCUUUUCCUGCCAUAAGGCAGCCACCUCCUUGUUUUAGGCAUUACAGAAAAGGGAACGUGUACUGAUUGGGACAUCCAUGGGCAUCCCAAGAGAUGCUGAGCCGGGCGGCCCCUGGAGCCACCUGCAGCCGGCGGUCUCUCCUUUUCUUCUCUUCUCUUUCUCCUCUUGCCCUGUCGGGGUUCUGGUCUGCGGGACCAGGCUGUCCUCGGGUCUCUGUGCCCAGCAGUAGGGGAGGAGCGUGUCUGCCCCUGGUCAACUCUGUAAGGAUGAAACCUCAAAAAAAAAGGCGGGGGGAGCGUGUCUGCCCCUGGUCAAACUCUGUAAGGAUGAAGCCUUAGAAGCCUUAAAAA